AUGGUCGAGACCCCAGCCAUGACUGGCGGUCCCAUCGCCGAGGACAAUAUCAUCAACCGGCGUGGCGGUGAGUCGAUCUAUCAGAGCUGCGUCAACCUCAAGAAGCGACUGGCCGAGCUCCCGUCUUUCCGACCCCACCUGGAGGAACGAGAACGGAUCGAUCAAGAGCAGGGGAACACCGACCCGGUCGCGUCGCUAUGGAAUCUACUGCGCGAGGGCUUUCCUCUCUUGACCAUCUUCAAUUCCUCCGACCCCGAGGAGUUCCUGGAGGUCGACCCGGCCAAGGUCCCCGAGGCCAAGCGCCCCAAGGCCGCCACCUUCAAGUUCCUGCAGGCCUCCCUGCAGGAGCUAGCCUUCCCCCAACCGGAUUGCUUUCUCAUUACCGAUCUGUACGGGGAGAGCACCACCGGGUUCAUUAAAGCGAUCAAGAUGGUCAACAAGGUCAUGGAUAUCCUCGAGAUGCAGGGCAAGCUCCAACGUCCGUCCGAGGACCCUGCCGCCACGCCCGCCCAGGGCGCCGUCAAACUCACCAAGCGAGAGCAUAUCCUCAAGGAGUUGUUGGAGACCGAGCGCGAUUACGUUCACCACCUGCAGAAUCUACAGGCGCUGAAGAAGGAAUUGGAGGAGACCGGCGCGCUGACCGGGGACGCCAGCCACCAGAUCUUCUUGAACCUCAACAACCUGCUCGACUUCGCCCAACGCUUCCUGAUCCGUAUCGAGCAACACUACGCCCUCCCUGAGGACCGGCAGAACUGGGGCGCGCUAUUCAUGCAGCACGAAGACGCCUUGCGACAAUACGAGCCCUUCAUCGCCAACCAGAUGCGCUGCGACGCCGCCUGCCAGCAGGAAUGGGACAAGAUCCGCAUGGCCCCGCGUUCCUUGGAUCUCCAACAGAUGGUCGCCCAGCCCGCCACCCUCAAUAGUUUCUUCGUCAAGCCCUUUCAACGGCUGACCAAGUACCCCUUGAUGCUAUCGGAACUGCGCAAACAGCUCGAAGACCCCGACCUCCAGAACGACAUCACGGGAGCGAUCGACGCCAUUCAGGUCGUGCUCGACUCGGCCAACGAUGCCAUUGACAAGGAACACCUCGCCACCGCAUUCAAAGAGCUGGACGAACGGGUGGAUGAUUGGAAGUCGUUGAAGAUUGAUUCGUUCGGGGCGUUGCUUCGCUAUGGCACCUAUUCCGUCGUGAAGGGGGACAAUGGCAAGGAUUCGGAACGCGAGUACCAUAUCUACCUCUUCGAACGGAUUCUCCUCUGCUGCAAAGACAUCAACCCCAACAAACAAAAGGCCAAAUUGACGAUUAGCAAAGACAAACCGGCGGGCCCGAUCAAAGGCAAACCCCGUCUCCAGCUCAAAGGACGCAUCUAUAUGGCGAACGUGACCGACAUCCUCUGCUCCCAAAAGCCUGGCCAAUAUCGGAUCCAGAUCUUCUGGAAGGGCGAUCCGGGCGUGGUGGACAACUUCGUCAUUCGCUACCAGAACGAGGAUACCAUGAGCAAGUGGUACAAAGACAUCGACAACCAACGCCAGAUCCAGGUGGAGCAUCGCAGCACGCGCAGCACCGGAACCUCAGAGACCGAGUUCACCUACAUGAAGAGCAUGACGAAUAUCCCCAACCCGUACCAGCAGGAGUAUGACGCCGAGGAGUCGGCCACCAAGGAAGCCGGGUUCUUCUCGGAAUUCCCCAUGAGCCGCAACGCCUCCAGCACAAGCCUCCGGACCCGGUCCGCCACCGGGGGGAGCGGCGGCGGCUCCGGACCCGCCAUGUCGGUCAAUCGUCCGCCCCGCGGGUACCCCGUGCCGGACCCGAACCUCGCGGUCCACACCCAAUUCCCGGGGAGCGGCGGGAUGUCGCCGAUCGAGAAGAAUGCCAACUCGUACUUCUCCCCCGUCGCCGAAACGCCGUCUACGCGGUCCAGCUCCCAGUCCACCGCGUUCAGCUACAGUCGCCAGGGAACCCCGUCCAACGGCUGGACGGACGAACACAACCGAUACACGGCCCCCGCCCUCUCCCGGGGGAUGUCCCGGGAUGGGUCGGCCCCGACACAUUACGUGAACGGGGUGCCGAACGGGCGGAGCACCCAGCGCCCGUCGCUGCCCCCCAUGCCUGGGGCGGGGCAGACCGCCAACGGCAUGGCGCAGCAGCGCAUGCGGUCGGCCAGCAGCCCGGACAUCCACAACCACGCCCACAACCCCGAGUCCCGCCGGUACAUGGGGGCACACACGAUGCAGACAGUGGACAACGUGCCCGUGCCGCCGAUCCCGGCCCACAUGGCCAGCAUGAAGGCGCCCGUCAACCGAAGCCAGAACAGCUCGCCCACCAACGUCCACCUCCCCGUCCGCGGGGGCCCGCCGGCCCCGGCCACCCAUUUCCACGAGCCGCAGUACGCGGACAACCGCCCUGUGGGGCCAGCGGCGGACGCGCCGACGUCGCCCCUCAGUCGCGAUCCGGAGGAGCCGAUGAUGCCCACCCAGCUCAAGGCCAAGGUGAACUUCGACGACAACUACGUCACGUUGGUGAUCGCCAGCAACAUCAUGUUCCGGUCGCUGAUCGACCGGGUGGAUGCCAAGCUGGCCCGCUUCACCAACCGGUCGGUCGGCAACAAGUCCGUGCGACUCCGGUACAAGGAUGAGGAUGGCGACUUUGUAACCAUCGACAGCGACGAGGCCGUGCAGCUGGCCUUCAUGGAGUGGCGGGAGCAGCACCGGGACAUGCUUGCGCGGGGCCAGGUGGGCGAGAUCCAACUGUUCUGCCAAGCCGUGGAGAACUAG